AUGAAUUAUCGCCCCUUUAGUGGGCAGGGAGGCCGUUAAAGUGGACGAGUGAAUUUAGCGUGCAGUUUUCCGCACUCGGUCUCGUACGCCACAGUCGUAUGCUCACGAGUAUGAUCACCAAAGGAGCGGUGCGGCUUGCCAGCUUCACCUUGGCCGUCAUUAUUAUAUCGACGAGCGGCCAAACAGACGACGGUCCAGUGGUUUCUAUCAAAAACGGCACUUUGCGAGGGCAGUACGUCCCGGUGAACAGCACGGAAAAGGUGGUGCAGCAGUACUUGGGUAUCCCCUUCGCUCGGCCCCCAGUGGGGCCCCUGCGUCUGACGGCCCCCCAGCCGCCAUUAGCGUGGGAAGGCGUGAGAGAUGCUACACGACAGCCUGCCAUGUGUAUACAAAACCCGGCCAUCUCGGCGGAAAUUUCAAAAAUGUACAACAUGAAUGUUUCUGAAUCACCUGUAUCAGAGGAUUGCUUGUACCUUAAUGUAUAUACCCCCAGUGACCGGUCUGCUGAAGAGAGAUUACCUGUAAUGGUCUGGAUCCACGGGGGUGGUCUGGCCUUCGGCGGCGCUGCCAAAAUUGACGCCUCAGCGCUGGUAGCCUACCAGCAUGUGGUCGUGGUUGUGAUCCAGUAUCGGCUUGGAAUCCUUGGGUUCUUGAGCACUGGAGAUGAGCAUGCUAGAGGCAACUGGGGCUUCCUGGACCAAAUCGCUGCCCUUCAGUGGGUCCAGGCGAACAUCGAGAGUUUUGGGGGAGAUCCACAGUCCGUCACUAUAUUUGGGGACUCUGCCGGGGGGAUCAGCGCAUCAUUGCUUGUCCUUUCACCAUUGUCUUCUGGCCUUUUCCACAAAGUGAUCUGCCAGAGUGGAGUGGCAACAGUGCAGAUCUUGUCCACCAACAGCCCACUGUUCCUCGCAAAGGCGGUGGCCAACUUGACUGCAUGUGACAGUGAUUCUACAGAACACCUUGUUCGGUGCAUGAGGCAGAAGACCGAGGAGGACAUCAUACAAGCUACCAAAGCCAAAAAAACCAUUCUGGGGUCGACGGUGGAUGGAUAUUUUCUGGAAAAACCCAUAGAAGAUGUUUUCAAAAGCCAGGAAUUCCCUAAGGUCCCAAUUCUUCUAGGCAUGACUAACCAUGAGUUUGGCUGGAUACUCUCUAAGGCAUUUGCUUCUCCUGACUGGGAAGAGGGGAUGGACAAGCAGGAAGUCAUGUCUAUAUUAAAUCGCAUUUUUCAUGGAUGGGCUGCAGGUACAGAUGAGCUAAUUGCCGCCGAAUACCUCCGAGAUGCCGACACACCGGAGAAAGUGCGAGACGUGUUCACUGAAAUACUGGGCGACCUCUUCAUGGUCUUUCCCACCAUUGCGGUGGCUAAUCACCACAGAAAUGCAGGGGGGGCUGUAUAUCUGUACGAGUUCCAGCACCCCCCGGCCAUUUUCAAAAACGUCAGGCCCGGCUUUGUCAAGGCCGACCAUGGUGAUGAUAUCUACUUCGUCUUCGGAGCUCCGCUCUGGAAUGGACCAACCACAGAUCCAGAAAUCAGACACGUCACCGAAGAGGAAAAGGAGCUGUCAAAGAAGAUGAUGGCGUACUGGGCCAACUUUGCCCGCAGCGGUUCACCCAACGGGCCAGGGCUUCUGGAGUGGCCGGCUUAUGGGGAAUCUGAAGAGUACCUUAACCUAGGCUUAGAACAAACAGUAGGCAGGAAGUUGAAGCAGGAGCAGAUGCACUUUUUCACUGUCACCCUUCCGCAGAAAUUAGCAGCGAGCCACGCUGCAAACGCGAAACCUUGACCUGGCAACUGACGCUUCCUACACAGUCCAUAGUAACAUCAACAGUCCACAAUUCUCCAUGCAUAGCGUGUAGUGUAAUAUGCUUCAGCUGACAUUAAAAAGUACUGUACUCACCA